UAGGGAAUGACCAUACAAUAUACUGGAGAGAAAACAGUCAGUUUUAAACAUUUAUGUUUAUUAACUGUAUUUAAAUGUAUCAUAUUCAUCUCAAAUAAUAUUUGUAUACAAUUUCAACCUAUAAAAAUCGCGAUACAUUAGAAAAUUUAAUGAGCUAAUAAUGAGUAAAGUUACCUAGCCAUACCCUAUAUCAUAUAGGCCUAUCAUAUCAGAGAUCCCGGUAAAAAGUAAAAUUAAAAAUUAAAAGGAAGGGUACGAGUACAGUAACAGUGUCAGUACAGUACGGAGGGACCCAAAUCCAAACUUAAUAAUUUAAUUUACUUUAUUGCAAAAUUGAAUUAAUUUUGACAAUUAAUUUUAAUUUUGACAUUUUUAUGACAGGAUAUAUUGAAUCCGAUAUUGUCUGAAAUAAUGGCCAUCACCAUCAGUAUUUACUAGUUAUUUAGUAAUGGCAUUUAUUUAAUGUGAUUAAAAAUUAUAAUUAAGGGAUAUUUUAUGGACACAAAAUGUCCAGUGAAGUUGACAUUGCAUGCACAAUCUUAGUCUUAGACUCUUAAUUAGAGGUAUUAGUAUUAGUAUUAAAGCAUAAUAUUUAUUUAAGUCUGAACCAUAACAGUUAAAAUUCAUAAAAGUUUCGUGUAGGCCCACUACAUGUGCUCCUCACCAGUCCAUGCCAUUGUGAAGUGAUAAUGGUGUCAGGCUUGCUAACUCAAUAAAAUAAAAUUUAUGGAUAAAUAUUCUAAAUAUCCACAAAUUUAAACUAUGACGCUUAAAUAAAGUUCAACGAUCCCUUUGACCAGUGGCGUCACUAUUGGGUUUCAGGGUAUGCGAGUCACACCGGUUGACAACCUGUUAGGAGAGUGACACCAAUAGGAAAAUUGCAAAUUCGACGCAGCUCACAUGAGCCGGUUUCAUAACAUGCAUUAGUAUUAGACCAAGGUACCACUAGACAUAGUUUGCCACCAAAACAGACUGCCACAAGAACAUCUACUGCAUUUUUCCAUAAGAUCAGUGGCGUAAAGAGCUUACAUUUGUGAUGCUCAAAUUGGAUCAUGAUUUGGCGGCGCUCACAUCAGACCAUAAAAAAAUAAGAAAAAAAGUUGGGUGGUGACCAAUGUUCCCUCUAAGGUUUGUUGGUUCGUGUGCUAAAUUAUACAGUUGUGUGCAAAGUUUUACAGCAUCAAUUUUUUUGUGUGCAAAAUUUACAGCCCAUAAACAAAAACACACACUUACAUGGAAAUUUGCUGCGCGGUACUCAAAACUCAUGCGCAGCGUCUGUGAGAUAGCUGCGCGGCCGCGCAGCCGCUCAGCUUAAAGGGAACAUUGGUGGUGACACCAUUGAGUUACAGCACCGGUUGACACUAACCUUAAGGACUCCUCUGCCUUAGACCAUAUUUCUUUUUUAUAUCUCAUUGUUGUUAUAAAAUUUUAAAUCAAGCAAGAGGAAAUAACAAUCAUUCAAAUUUCUCAUCAUAUUUGGAUCAGAAAAUGUUUUUACUAUGUUUUAUUUUUUCAUACAUCCCAAUGUUCUUACGGACAAGUCAUUUUAUAUUAUAAAUCAAAAUUUGCCAACUGUCUGUAAAUUUGUGGAUGGCUGACAACCCUGACUGGUCUACAAUUGUAUUUGGUGCACUGUUAUGGAAUAGUUAUAACUAUUAAUAGUACUAAUGUAGAUCACUUGGUAAAAUUAUUUUUAAAAUGUACGGUAUCGUCAUCAUUCAUUGAGAUAUCUUAAUUGGUAAUCUUACCACUGGCACACCUCAUUCACAAACUUUCUUUUUACUAAAAUGUGGUAUACCGGUAUUUUGAAAUUUAAUUAAAAAAUUUUUUUUUAUGUCAUGUAAAUUAUUUGCUUGUAUUACCUUUUUUCUCUUAUUUGUGCAGCUUAUUAUACGAAAUGGAUCCAAGUUUUUAGUUCAGCUUCACAAUUAACAGAUACCUUUCAUUUACAAGAAUGGCUUUAACUAUUCUUCAUUUCAAUGAUGUGUACAAUAUUGAAGGCCAAAAAGAUGAACCACAAGGUGGUGCAGCUCGCAUGCAGUCAUACAUAAAAUCACAGAAAAAUGAUAACCCAAUUGUUCUUUUUAGUGGGGAUGCUCUCAAUCCAUCACUGAGUGAGUUGAUAAAAUUUUUACAUUGUCUGUAAUUGUUUAUUUUAAAAAAUGGUGACCUAUGAUUUGUUCUGGUGCUGCUGUUAGAUGGACUUAAAAAUGAAUAUUAGCAAUCUGAAACACUUAUGCUUCUAAUACUUAGCCUAAAAGAUGCUUCUUGUUCUCUUCUUGGCAGUGAGCAUAUUUCUGAAAGGAGACCAGAUGAUAUCGGUAUUAAAUGAGCUUGGAGUUGCUGCAGCUGUUUAUGGCAAUCAUGACUUUGGUAAUUAUACAUUUAUGGGCCGGCCCAGUGGACACUAUUAGUAUGGUCUCCAAAACCAAUGUACUCUCAUCCCACCUCCCCAUCACAGCUAAUUAAACCAAUGUACUUUCAUCCCACCUUUCGACCCCCAUCCUUGAGCUUCACUCCUCCCCAAACCCCCUCCCUUCCCCUGAAAAAAACCCAAAGACACAAAUUCAGUUAAAAAUAUUUUGAAAGUCUACAAUACUAUUAUCCUUAUUUAGAGAAUACAGUUGAAACAAGUUUUGCAGCAGUUGCAUAUUAUUUGUGUUUUAACAUGCAUUCUUUAAUCAUAUAUAUAAUCUAAAGAUUCAAUUGAAAUAAAGCUUUGUCUCCAUGUAUUAAUGAGAUGGUUUGAAAAAUAAAAUAACAUGUCCAAUGUACUGGUUUUAUGUCAUUAUCAUGAUGCUUAGUUUUUCGCAUUUACGACCAUCAAAAUACAAUUCUUUAUAUUGAUUGCACAAACUGUAAACAUUUUCAUUGUAUAGUGUAAUGCCUGUGACAUUAAUUUGUUUUAAACUAAACAAUAACAGACUUUGGAGUAGAUCACCUUGAAGAUUUUGCUGAAAAAUGCAAUUUUCCCUGGUUAUUAAGUAAUGUCAAGGACAUGGUGAAUAAUGAACCUCUGGCCCGUGGAGAGACUCACGUUAUCAUAGAGCAUGCAGGAAUCAAAGUAAGCUAUUCAUUUUUAUUUAUCUUUGCAAUUGUUUCAUUGUAUUACAAAAUGUCUGGUAAUUAGAGAGUAAUCAUUUCUGAGAUGAGCCGUUUAAAAAAAUUAAAUUGUCUUUUGAAGAUCUUUAACAGGAUCUUUAUUCAGCAGUAUAUUUUAUCAUUUAAGAAGACCCUCACCUUAAUUAGUUCAAGCUAUUAACAUUCUGAUAAAGCUUUUGGUUCAUUUAUGCAAUUUAGAAGAAAAAGACAAAUCAUUUAUUGCAAUGAAACUGAAAUGGACAAUACAUUUUUAUUGGCUACUGUCUUAAAGAGUAACAUAAAUUAAAUAAUGUACAUUUUAACAGCUUUAGUAAAAUGAACCUUUUUUAUACUUGAUUUGACAUUAAAUUUGUAAAGAGAGAAACUCUAGUGUUCUGACAUGAAAAAAUUAGUGGACUCCUAUCGUUCCAGUGGAUUGGCUAUAGUCUUUGGGAAAAUCUUCUUUCUAUACAGUUUAUAUGCACAUAUUUAAAUCUGUUAUAUACUUUUGUAAAAGGUCUUUAUUUUACUUUCAGAUAGGUAUUAUUGGGCUAGUGGAAGUGGAAUGGAUUGAUACACUCUCAACUUUAGAUCCUGAAGAUGUUACAUUCAUUGAUUAUGUAGAGUCUGGACAAAACCUUGCAAGGAUUGUUAGGCAACUGGUUAGUGCUCAAGAUUUUUUUUUACCUUAAAGUAUUUUAGUAAAUGCAAGACUGCCUGGUCAGCUUAAUCACACUUCAAUCAAUUUUAUGUUGCCACCUUAACACUGAAUGAUAUAGUUAAUAUUUGUUACAUGAGUCACAAUCAAUAACACUAACACAAAUCUUCAUUGAUGCUUUCUCAGGGGGCACAACUGGUGAUUGCCUUAACUCACAUGAGAAGUCCAAAUGAUGAGAGACUUGCAGAGAAUGUCCCAGAUAUUGAUAUCAUCCUUGGCGGCCAUGAUCAUGAUUUUGAAAUAAUAAAUGUUGGUUUCAGGUUUUACAACAUUUCAAAUGAUAUAAGGAAUCUUUCCUUGAUUACGUUUGCAUUUUUCAAAAUGAAGUUACGGAGCUAUUUCAAAAAAGAAUUAUUAUUUUAUUUUUUUUUUUGCUUUUAAUUUUUUUUAUUGAAUGAUUUCAUUUUCUUGAAUAUUAAAACCCAAAACCCAAAGAAGAAGAGCAAUACAAUUUAUAAGUGGAGAUUCUGAAAUAAAAAUAGUACUUUAAUUACAUGGUUGGUCUCGCUGUAGUGUGGUUGACAUGAAGUCAUUGAUUUCAGCUGUAAUUCCUCAUUAUUUGUGUGGCAGGUCAAGGGGAAAUAUGUUGUUAAAAGUGGAACUGACUUCCGCAAUAUGAGCAAAAUAACAAUGACACAGAACAACAACAAUAAUGGGAACUGGGAUGUGAAGGUGGAACGUGUGGAUCUCAACUCCAGUAUUCCAGAAGAUACAGAGAUGAAAAAAAUUGUCAUGAAAAAUCUUGGUAUAAGACUUUAUUAGUGAGAUUAGUAAUAAGUUUAAUGUGAUUGGUUGGUAAAUUUAGAUGUUUAUCUUUUAAAAUUUAUAAUUUCGGGGCCUAUUUGUAUGAAUGAAUAUUUAUUAUUUAUUAAAUUAAAAGUUUAACAUACCUUAAAAAUAGGAUUUCAUUACCUUGAAAUACUUUGAUACUUUAAAGGAGCUUUUCAGCUGCAUAUUUUUUUCAGAAAGUGUAGAAAGUAAAAUGGACACUUAUCUUGGCUACAUGAAUGUGGAAAUGGAUGGAAGAUUCUCAUCAAUCAGGACACAGGAAACUAAUCUAGGUUUGUGAUCUGUUUUCAAACUAUUUAGCCUCAUAAACUUUUUUAGCCUUGACUUAAUGUUAACCCAUUCCUGACGCCAAUGUACUUCCGUUCUUUAUUUAUAUUCCUGAACAAAGGGAAUAGCUGCUAAAUAUCAAUGAAUUAUUGAUAGAUGCAUCCAAAAAUGAAUUUGGUUUAAUGAAAAUUAAAAUAAUAGUGGUGAACAAAUAACAAGUAAUUAGCAAAAAAACUGAUACUUGGCACCUCACAAUAAGACAUGCUAGAUAUAAAUGCAUCACACUAAAGCACUAAAGCGAAACAAGAUUAAAUGAAGUUUGUUAAAAUUGAAAUCAUGCCAUCACCUUUGGUCUAUAGGGAUGCAAGAUUUCAUUGCUAUUUUAAAAUAAAAAUGCGAGAGGUGUGUUGCUACAUGCCGUGGUCACAUUUGGAUGUGUCUGUUGGGAACCCCCCCCCCCCCCCCACACAUUUAGUCCCAACCUUCAGGGAUGAGUUAAUAAUAGCCUUUAUGAUGUUUUCUUAGUUAUGACAUUCAACAUUCAAGUUUUACAUUUUUUUAAAUAUAUUUAACAGGAAACUUCAUCACUGACAUCAUCCUGACUGCCACCAAAGCUGAUUGUGCUUUACUGAACUCUGGAACUCUCCGCUCAGAUCGCAUUCACGCAAAGGGAGAGUUUAGGUUAAGGGAUCUGCUCACAAUCCUUCCCUUGGUGGACUCCCUGGUUGUCAUCAAAGUCACAGGUAGUUUGAUACUCUGGCCAGAGAAAGAAUCACUUCCUGUUUCAAGUAAAAACAAGUUACUUUUGAUCUGUUAGUAGUCAAUAAGAGGUUUAAUUGUCAUCUGUUUGUGCCAUUGACAGUGUUGUUUCAUUGUUUUUUCAUUGAUUAUUUAGGUAGCCAGCUGAUAGAAGCACUGGAAAACAGUGUUAGCAAAUAUCCCGUCAAAGAGGGCAGAUUCCCACAGGUCGCCGGGCUCAGCUUUGGGUUUGAUCCUACUAAACCACCUGGCCAGAGAAUUGGUAGGCAGCUGGUUCGUGUGCAAGAUGAUUACAUUGACUUUGAUAAGGUAAAAAAAAAAAAAAAAGCCAACAACUUUCAAAUUUAUUCAUUCCACAUUUUCGGGGAAAAGAUUUUAGCAGUCAUUGUUCUGUUGUUUUUUUUUGUAUCUUCUUUUUUUUUCCACAAUGGUAAGGGCAGAUUCCCACAGGUCGCCGGGGCCAGGUUUGGGUUUGAUCCUACUAAACCACCUGGCCAGAGAAUUGGUAGGCAGCUGGUUCGUGUGCAAGAUGAUUACAUUGACUUUGAUAAGGUAAAAAAAAAAAAAAAGCCAACAACUUUCAAAUUUAUUCAUUCCACAUUUUCGGGGAAAAGAUUUUAGCAGUCAUUGUUCUGUUGUUUUUUUUUGUAUCUUCUUUUUUUUUCCACAAUGGUGUUAUAGUUUCUGUUUUUUAAAUUGUUAAGUUUAAUCAGUUGGCUUUUUUUAAAUAGUUUCUUUGUACUAUUAUUAUAUUAUAAGCAAAACCAGAUAUUGCAAACACAUAGCUAAUUAUUUCAUUUACCACCAGAUAAGGUUUAGUAGUAGACUCAUUCUGAUGGCAGUGCUACUUCCGUACUUAGUGUUCCCCAUCAAAGGGAAGUAACUCUGUUUUGCCAUUGAUUUAUGAUUAAUGACUAAAAAAUUGAUUUUUGGCACCCCGGAAGAACACAUGCUAGAUAAAGACACACCUUACUAAAGCCCACAAAGAUUGAAAGUGAACCAUGAUAAAAACUUCAGAUUUUUAAAACUGAAAUCACCCAAGUCUCGAGAGUCGCGAGAUUUCAUUGCUAUAUUUUAAUAAAAAUGAGAGAGGUGUGUCGCUACAUCCUGUGACAUAUUUGGACGCAUCCGAACCACAGGAGGACGCAUUUAGUUGCAACCUUCGGGAAUGAAUUAUUGGAAAGCCUCUUGAUCAUUUGAGAGUUUCUAAAAAAAUGUUUAACCCAAUUUCAGAUUUGUUCAUGCCAUCAGUAUUAGUAUUGGGGUCUUGAAAUGUCAUGUUUUACACCUUGAAUCUAUUAAUUACAGGACUACAGACUGGCAACUAAAGAGUAUGUGGCUCAAGGCAAGGACGGCUUUGAUGUAUUCAAGCAUUGUGAAAUUGUUGUGAGUUCUAUUUUAGCGCCUUUAAUUCUAAAUAUCCUUGAGCUCAUAUGUUUUGCAUUCCAGAAAAAUGUUGCAUGUAUUUUAAGUCUUGAAAUACAGAAAAUUUCUUACUGGGUUUUCCUUUUUUAAAGGUCAUUUUUUAAAGUUUUGUCUUUUUUAUUUCUGAAAAAAGAUAGUGAAAUAAUAAUUGACUUUGCUCUCAAUUUUAUGAAAUAAAUUUAUGCAAUCUAACUUUUUUUUUUUUUUUAAUAUUAUGAUUAAGAUUUAUAAUGAGUAUUAUUAAAAUCUGUCUUGUUUCCUUUUAUUUGGGGGGUGUUCCCCUAAAUUUAAACAAUUUCUUUAUUACUUUUAUUGAUCCAGAUUAAUGCAGAGCAAUGUCCAUCGUUAUCAACAAUGGUUCAAAAUCACUUUGAUGCUGUGCGAAUUUACCUGGGGGAAAUGGAGUGCAAAUCUGGGCACAGACAGAGUCUUGUAGCAUUGAAAAAGUGAGAAUUUGGUCUGUUACUAUAGGUAUCUGCCAUAUAUAUCAGCGAGAAAAUGCUACUUUAAAGUAGGGUUUGCAUUGUACGAGAAUGUAAGAAAUUUUUCAAUUAUCUGUACAGGAUAUAUACUAAUAUCUAUGCAAAAAAAUCUCCUUGGCUAACUUGCAUUUGUCGACCGACUGCACAUCAUAUCUGUGUACAAUACUAGUGAUAUAGCGCCCCUGUGACGGAAUAUUAGUAUAGUUGAAUCGGUUUGACCACUGUUUAUUUUAAAUAUAAUAAUAAUUUAAACAAUUUUGACAUUUUUCUUAUAAAUAACUACAAAUUGUAUUAUUAUGGAACAAGAUUAAUAGAUGGCAUUAUAUGUAGACAUGUCUUUUAGGGUCUUUUUUUUAUUUUUAAACAAAAUGUUGGGAGUUUGCAUUAUACAUGGAUCACGUUAUACAUGAUCAUAUUCUGUAGAUACAUCUUUUUAAACCUAGGGCCUUCUAGACAUUUUUAUAACAUUUGUUUUUCUACAUAAUAAUGUAAAGUUUAGAGAUAUUCAAAAUGAGUUUCAAUAUCAUAGAGAUAAUUAUGCUGUUAUUUUUCAGACGAGAAGAGUUUAUCAAACAACUCAGCAUGGACGCAGACAACAGCAAUCGCCCCAGGAAGUUGAUACGCCAAGAGAGCAUUCAUGGGCUAGAAAGUGAGCAGUGCUUUCUGACACCUAGAGUGGAAGGGAGGAUUUACAUCCUGGACGAAGAGGUAAAUGCUCAGAGGUCUGAUCAAACCUGGCACUAUAUUUGAGAUUUAUUAAGAAUUUUAUUUGAUCAUGUUUUGGUUAAAUUAAAUCUGAAAUUUAGAAUAAUAGGAUUCUUAUUUGGGGUUAUGGUGGGGGGGGGGGGUGUGUAAGCUCAUGAUUAGAUAAUAAAUGAAAGGGAGAGGCAGUCAGAAGGGUUCAGUCCUAGACUUUCAUUUAGAUUUGAUAGUUCUUCUUUUUGUUUAGCAGAGCAUAAACAAUGUGUCAUGCAGUGGGGUUCAACCAUUCGGGGAUUGAAUGGGGAUUUAAUGUUAACAACUUAGCCGAUGUGCUCAUCCAACAGUUUUGUCCAAAGCUGAAGCGGUAAAACUAAUGAUUUAAUUUUUUAUAUAUUUUACAGAAACUAGAUGUGAUGCAGACCCUUUUGCCAGGUGGGAUGGCUCGUAACUUGAGCAUGAUAAAGGAGAGCUCAAGUUCAUUCUCAGGAAGCUCUUUAAGUAGUCUAACCAUUGAGGAUAACUAAUGAUACCCAAAAGCCUUUCAUUAUUAACUGUACAAUGAAAUUUUUAACAAUAUAUCAUUAUUUUUCUAGUUAGCAUUGAUAUUGUUACUGUCAGAUGGUUCAGGUAGGAACUUGUUUUUUUGUAUUUCCAUUAUUAUAUGGAUAUGUUUUUGUCAUGCAUAAUGAAUCUUCACCUCGGUAUCCAAACAAACAAGAGAUUUUAAAGGCACUUGAGAUUUUUUUCUAUUUAUUUGUUACAGAAAUUAAAUAAGAAAUUGCAUUACUUAAAUAAGAAAUAACAUUAUUAGUUGACCUAUGCAAUGCACAAAGUAAGGUAAUUCCAUUUAAAGUUUUUGGCAACUGACAUCUCUUUAGAUUUAUGUAAAUGACUUAUUAGAAC